GGCUGAUUACGGAUUUUAAGAAUUCGUGCUUUUUCGGUGACGGUCUUGCUCGUUUUAGGUGUUUAGUGUUGACAUCAGUACAUCGCUUGGCCCAGCAUAGUGCACAAAGUAGGACGAUUUAUUAACAAUGUCGGCAUCAGAAGCAACAGAAGCAAAACGCGCCAGACUGACGGUUGAUGAUCACAAGAAUGACUUGUCCAGUGGAGAAGAAGUUAUGGGGAGGGCGCUUCACGGGUGCCACUGACCCGAUCAUGGAGAAAUUCAACGCUUCAAUAUCGUAUGAUCGACGCAUGUGGAAGGAAGACAUUCUGGGAAGCCAGGCCUAUGUGAAAGCUAUUGAAAAAGUUGGAAUAGUUACUGGUGAAGAAAAAGAUCAGAUUCAUAAGGGACUUGAAACAAUUAAAGAAGAAUGGAAGACUGACAAGUUUUCUAUAAAGCCUGGCGAUGAAGAUAUUCACACUGCCAAUGAGAGGAGGCUGAAGGAGCUUGUUGGUAUAUGUGGAGGAAAACUUCAUACUGGUAGAAGUCGAAAUGACCAGGUUGGGACGGACAUGCGUCUGUGGAUUGUUAACGCUGAAGCAUCUCUUCAGAACAUUUUGUUAGCUUUUGUUGAAGUGAUGCUAAAACGAGCGAAGGAGGAGAUUGAUGUCUUGAUGCCUGGAUACACCCAUCUCCAGAGAGCUCAGCCAAUCCGAUGGAGCCACUGGAUUCUCAGCUAUGCCUGGAUGAUUCAAAGAGACUUGAAAAGGUUAACUGAAAUAAGAGAAAGAGCCAGUUGUCUCCCUUUAGGCAGUGGAGCUCUGGCAGGCAACCCAUUUGGAGUGGACAGAAUAGCCCUAGCAAAAGAGCUGGGCUUGAAUGAGAUAUUUUGGAACAGUCUUGAUGCUGUGAGUGAUCGGGAUUUCGUUGUUGAAUUCCUGUUUUGGGCUUCUCUGUUGAGUACUCACUUGAGUCGGUGGGCGGAGGACCUCAUUCUCUACUGCACUAAAGAAUUCAACUUUGUAUCGCUCUCAGAUGCUUACAGUACUGGAAGCAGCCUGAUGCCACAAAAGAAGAACGCCGAUAGUCUGGAGCUGAUUCGUGGGAAGGCUGGAAGACUCUUUGGAAAUAUGGCUGGGUUCAUGAUGACUGUGAAAGGACUUCCAAGUACCUAUAAUAAAGACCUCCAGGAAGACAAAGAAGCCAUGUUUGAUACAUUUGACACAUUGUCAGGAAUUCUUCAAGUUGCUACAGGAGUUCUCUCUACGCUAAAGAUCAAUCGAGAGUCGAUGAAAGCAGCACUGAGCCCUGACAUGUUGGCCACCGACAUCGCAUACUAUCUGGUUAGGAAGGGGAUACCUUUCCGAGAUGCCCACGGGCUGGCAGGAAACUGUGUAGCUUUGGCAGAAAAGAAAAACUGCAGUCUGUCGGAGUUAUCUGUGGCUGAUCUCAAAACUGUUAACCCCCUGUUUGAGGAGGAUGUUCAGAAGCUGUGGCACUAUGAGAACUCUGUAGAUCAGUACAGCGCACAGGGUGGAACAUCCAAGAAAAGUGUACAGGAACAAAUACACAUUCUGGAGAAAUGGCUGGAAGACGUUAAAAAACAUUAACAGCAUAUACGCUUCAUUCAGCAGACAUAUUUGUGCCAUUUCGCUUCUGUUUUUUAUUAAUUUGUUUUUGCUGACAACAUGGAAUGUUGACAAUGUGUAUUUUUAUUUGUUCCCAUUUAAAAUAUCGUACUAGAUGUGUCUAUUGUUAUUCAGAUUUGGGAAGUUUUUAUAAAUUUGGGCAAAAAUCAGCCUGUCCAGCCCUACUAAAAUGGCAGCUUUUGCUUUUUUAUGUCCCAGAUGGUAUCAAAAAUGUGGCUUGACAAAAGAUAUUGAGAAUACUUCACGAAUGGCCGUUAAGAUACCAUUUAUCGUACAGUGAUUUGUUUCAGAAGUUAUUUAACGAGUAAAACUAAGUUGGAUUAGUUUUUAAACAAUGAGUUGUAAGAUAUAUGGACGUGAGCGAAAUACAUGGAUUCCAUUUCAUACAUAUCCUCAAAGACCAGGCUUAAAUUAAAUUUAUAUGUCUGUUCAAACUCAAACCUCUGCAUCCCAGAGCAAUCAGCUUCAGGUUAACUUACAUGUCAUAAAUCAAUCAAUUUUAUUCUUGCUUAUUUCAUUGGAUGAUAUGGGUUUGGUGUUCAGGUCAUCACAUUUUAAUUUUUUGGUGUGGGUGGCAGGUGCAUGUGCAGUGGGAGAGUUUGGGGGUCAAACCUCCUCGAUCUGCUCAAACAAAUUUCUUUUCUUUUUUUCAAUAUAUUUUCUGGGGGAGCACAACUUGACCCCUUAUAAACUUUGGUGGUCACAGUCAAGACCCCCUGGCAAAAUUCCUGCACAUACACCUGAGUGGCAUAGUAAGGAAAGUUUUUUUUAUAAACAGUUUAUUAGCAACAGUGCUGAUCAAUAUGAUAAUUGAGACACAAUUACUAUUUAAUGUUUUAUAUUUGUGUAGUGAUCUCCGACAUUUGCUGAGCAAAUUGCUGUGCGACACUGAAUCUCAUGUUCCCUGGAUGGGGCAGCUACACUGUAAUGUAUUUAGAAGAGUGUUUCGAUAAAAGAACAUUGAGUUUUAAAGAUUUGAAAUCCUUCUUGAACUAGGCGAAGGGUGUCCACUUCUCCACUGAAUCUCAUGUUAGGUUUUUAUGUUCCUAUACUAUAAAAUGAAUGUGUUUUUUUUUAAAAUUACACACCAGCACAUUUUAAACUAGGGCUGGUGGAUGACUUCAAAUAUGACAUUAACAGGGGACAAUAUUUCAAAAUCUUAGGUAGGGCCUAACCAGAAGUCGGUUCUCCUAACCGAUGAGUUGGACCUACCUAAUCCUAAAACACUUUAACUACGGUUCUGUGCUACAUUGGUGGUUCAAGCACAUAAACUAAUUUUCACUUCCAUUAAUGAUAUAUGGUACUUUUAAUUUUAGAAUGUAAUUGUUCAGCACAUAACUGAUUGGCGGUUUUCAUGAUUUUAAAGUUGCGUAACUGACACGCAAAUAGAAUGGUUCUCAUGAAGUAUUGUGCCCUGCAUUAACACAUGUCUAAGAUAUGACAUUAACACGUCUAAGAUAUGACAUUAACACGUCUUUGAUAUGACAUCAACAAUACAUUACUUUUAAUACCUUAAAAAUAAAGUAUUGUAUUAUUAAGGUCACUAUUUUGAUAUUUUUACUUGUAUUUGUUAUCUGUCUUAACACUGACAGUGACAUAUCUCAACAUACAUGUAUGUCAUUUGUAAGCUCACUGCCAUUUUUUUUUAUAUGCAUUAUCCUACAUUCAGAAUAGCACAUUGCAUGUUGAAAAUUGAGUGGAACAUAAAAAUGUCAAAUGUGUUUAUUCACUAAAUGUUAUACGCAAACUCAUAAUGGUAAAGGGUCAUGUGCAAAUAUAAAACAGGAUUCUUACGCAUACAGGAAUGUCCUUGAAUUUUGUGAUUUUAAAAUCCAGGGCCCCAUUCCACGAAGCAAUCUUAGCCCUAAGAUUACCUUAGGCGCAUAGCUACCCAAUGCACCGAAGUUGAUCUUAGGGCUAAGAUCGCUUCGUGGAAUGGGACCCAGGCCUGGAAUGUUCUGGAAAAUGCAUUAAAUUUUUAUUGUGUCCAGGAAAUGUACUGGAAAUUUAGUCCAAAAAUUUGGUGGUUUAUUAUUUUUGGCAUCUUUACUUUUGUUGUUCUCAUAACCUGUCUAAAUUCAGACAACAAUUUGUUAUAAAAACAUUGAUUGAUUGAACAUUUCAUGUCCUGAAAUUUUUUUUCAAAUGUCCUGGAAAUGUUCUUGAAUUUUAUGCUUUUUUCAAGUGUAAGAACCCUGUAAAAAUUUAGUUAUUCAAAAAGUAAGACUUGGUGCACUAUGUGAUUGUUGUUGUUUUGAAAAUUAAUUUCAAUUAUAUUUUAAACAAUGUGUGCAGGAUCUAUACAUUUAUAUAUACUAAGUAUUUGAAUAAUUUAAUUUUUUCAAUCACAUGAAAGAUUUAUUGACUUUUCCUUAACUACUGCAAGCAGUGUCUUAUAUAGAUACCGUAUUCAACUCCACUAAAAAUACACCACCCAUCCACCCAUAUUUUCAGUUAUUGCAUCGUACAUGUGGGGUUGCUAUAAAGCAUACAAUAACCCUCACCUUUGUAUUAAAAUGUUGUGUUAUUUAUUACCUACAAGAAUACAUCCGGUUAUGAAAAAUCAGUCAAUUGUAUUAUUAAUUCUUCUGUUAUUAUUAUUAGACUUUACACAUCUGACCGAUGUGUUUUCAUUGAAGUUCGGGGGCGAGACGUAGCCCAGUGGUAAAACGCUUGCUUGAUGCACUGUCGGUUUGGGAUCAAUCCACGUCAGUGGGCCCAUUGGGCUAUUUCUCGCUCCAGCCAGUGCACCACGACUGGU